CCCAGUAUCUUCAUUUCCUUAGGGAUUGAAACCCAUGAUCUGCAGUUCCUCAGAGAAGUGAAAGUAGCAAGAGGAAUCCAGUAAUUCCUGUUAUCUGCGAGCUUUAUAAGUCAGCCAGGCGGGAGGUGGCAGGAGCCUGCACUUCAGUGCCACCUCUCACCUCGCCCAGAGCCUCAGGAGCACCAGGAUGUCCCUGAGGCUGUCCUUCCUGCUGCUUCUGCUCCUCACCCUCCACGGUACCCUGGCCCUGAAACUCUGCUCCUUCAAUGUGAGGUCCUUUGGGGAAAGCAAGAAGGAAAACCAAAACGCCAUGGAUGUCAUUGUGAAGAUCAUCAAGCGCUGCGACCUCAUCCUGCUGAUGGAAAUCAAGGACAGCUACAACAGGAUCUGCCCCAUGCUGAUGGAGAAGCUGAACGGAAAUUCAAGGAGAGGAACAACAUACAACUAUGUGAUUAGCUCUCGGCUUGGACGAAACACAUAUAAAGAACAGUAUGCCUUUCUCUACAAGGAAAAGCUGGUGACAGUGAAGGAAAACUACCUCUACCAUGACUUCCAGGAUGGAGACACAGAUGUGUUUUCCAGGGAGCCCUAUGUGGUCUGGUUCCAGUCACCCCACACUGCCGUCAAGGACUUCGUGAUCGUCCCCCUGCACACCACGCCCGAGACCUCCGUGAGAGAGAUCGACGAGCUGGCGGAUGUCUACACGGACGUGCGGCGCCGGUGGAAGGCAGAGAAUUUCAUUUUCAUGGGUGACUUCAAUGCCGGCUGCAGCUACGUCCCCAAGAAGGCCUGGAAGAACAUUCGCUUGAGGUCCGACCCCAAGUUCAUAUGGCUGAUUGCAGACAAUGAGGACACCACAGUCAAGAAGAGUACCAGCUGUGCCUACGACAGGAUCGUACUUAGAGGACAAGAGAUUGUCAGCUCUGUGGUUCCCAAGUCAAAUGGUGUCUUUGACUUCCAGAAAGCUUACCAGCUGUCUGAAGAGGAGGCUCUGGAGGUCAGCGACCACUUUCCAGUUGAAUUUAAACUACAGUCUGCAAGGGCCUUCAACACCAACAAAAAAUCUGCUCUGAAGAAGAAAAAAAAAGCCAGUCGCUCCUAGACACGUGGAUGCCAUUUUACUAACCAUCUCCUGCUGCUACCUAAAAUGGCUCUAACAGGUAGGGCGCCUUGUACUCUCAGGAAAGAAAACUGGUCCAGCUGCUUUUAUUUUCCACUGGAGUUAAUGUUAGCUGCUUUAGCCAAACUGGAAGGAGAGUCUUCUGCACAUAGCCCUUCCGGGCUGCUACCUGUGAACUGCCCGAAAGGAAACCUUGGCUUUCGAAGUCCAAAAGAGAAGGCUUUUGCGCCAGGAGCUGGAGCACCUGUCCACUGGCCUUCGUCCCCUACCAACCCUGUCACAGAAGAAACUGCAGGAGCUGGACAAAUGUCAGCCUUCAGUCCUCACCAGAUCUCACUCCCAGGAAACGAGCAGAAACACCAGGGCCUGACUGCCCCUUGUGUGGACAAUUCACUGUUUUAACUUUGCCUCCUCUUCUGAGGCCAGGCCACCAUCAGAAGAAGGCUCACACCAAAGAAGGAUGAAGGGAAGGCCACUCCUGCUGGCCUGCCUGCCCCAAGUUGUCCUCCUCCAGCCAGUCAGCCCAGCAACCUGCAGUGUUGUCCUGUGACGCCCUGUUCUGGCCACUCCCACUUCACUGCCUGGAUCCCUCAGGACUCUUCACCAUGAAUGUCUCCGUUGUCUGGCAGCUCACCUUGUCCUUGCAACCAGGACCCACCUCUCCCUGCCCCUCCUGCGUCCUCCCUCCCUUGGGGCCUUGGCUCCACCCCAUUCUCUACUCUGUACCAGAGCCUGGACUAAGGGCCCCGUGUCCCAGUUUCUAUGCCUGUGUUGCAGCACUGACCACAUUGAAUUUGUCACAGGGCUGGUAUUAGAGGUCCUUGAAGGUUCUGAUGUGACAAAGGCUCCACUGGCUGGCUGAGACUGAAGGAUUUUGUUAUUUUUCUGCCAUUUCUAUGCAUCCAGCAACACAGCACCAUUUUGCCUACAAACACUGCGCCCAUUUUUACAUGUUUUGCUGUUUUCCCUGAUAGUGCUUCUCUGCCCAAGCAGUACAUGAGCAUGGCUUAAAUGUACACACCAUACUGAAGAAGCAGCAGCAAAAAAGAAUGCCACACCCUGACCCAUCCUCAAGUUUCCUGUCCCAGAAAGAGCCCCUCUACCAGAGAAAGCCUGUGCAUAAAUGAGCACCAUAGGUAACCUUGAGAAAUACAAAGCGAGGCAUACCAUGUGCAUGAUUCUGCUUCUUGCUAUUUUUCCCUUAAUACCUCAGGGACAGUGUGACUGUGGCAUAAGAAAAAGAGAUCAUAGGGCCGGAGAUUUAGCUUAGUGGUGCUGCGCCUGCCUCUCAAGUACAAGGUCCUGAGUUUGAUCCCUGGUAUUGGAAAAAAAGAAAGAAAGAAAAAGAGACCAUGAAGCAUUAGUCAGCUUUCUCUUGCUGUGACAAAUAACCUGAGGUAAGUCAACUUAAAAGGAAGAACAGCUCAUUUUGGUUCAGUUUCAGAGGUUGCAGCCCCUGGCAAACUGGCUCCAUUGCUUUGGGCCCUGUGGCCAUGAAGACAGCAUAGUCACAGUGGAGAGCUAGAGCUAGAGCAAAGCCAUUCGCCUCAUGGUGGCCAGGAAGCAAAGAGAGACCGGAAGGUGCAGGGUCUCAGCCACUCUUGGAGGGUACAGCCCCUGACGACCGGAACUUCCUCCAGUUAGGCUCCACCUCUUAAAGGUCCCACUGCCUCCUAAUAGCACUACGAGCUGUUGGAGGACACUCCAGAUCCCAACUCUAGCAGCCUGAUAUCUGAAAUUAUGUAACAUCUGACCAAAGGAAUAAAAUCCAAAGGGCCCUGAGUAACUGGGGAAACGUCCAGUUCACCUUUGAGAUUUUGUUGAAGGUUUUUUUGCCCCAUUCAUCUCCAAGAUUUUAGGGGAGAUGGCAAGAGUGUGAAGGUUUCUGUCACCCCUUUUCUAAGGCAGCAUUCUCCAUCCCAGGAAACCGUCCAGCCUCCAAGGCUCAAAGUGGUUAAGCAAGCAAUUCACAAAUGAUCUCAUUCUGGAAGGGAAAGGUCAUUCUUUUGUCCCAAAGCACUGAAAUCUCCACCUGCCAUCGUGGCAAGGGUCCUGGCCACUGGGCGGGGCACCUGCUGGGUGGGGAGGCGCAGAGAAGGCCAGCUGGCACUGAGUGCCCAUGGCUGAAGUCAGCAUGACCUGACACCCUGUGGCUUCCUCCUCAGCAAGACCACAGGAUGCACCUCUGCUCCUGCCCUGCAGCAGGUUCCAGGGCCACAGGCAUCUGCCACCUGGCCUGGCAAGUGGUGCCGAGCAAGGGCACAUAAUGGGAUUGUGCUCAUUGCUCACAACCUAAUGGGACUCCAAACCUGCCACGCAUCUGGGUCACCUGGUCUGGCCAGAGUGGGGGACUCAGGUUUGGGGAGGGCUGUACCCUGGAUGUACGCAUCCUUUUAGCCCUGGCUUUGUCUUGAGGCCCUGAAACUUAGUGUGCACCAUAAGCUCUGGAAACCAGGUGUCAUGCUAACUCCCAAGCUCUAGAUGCCCAGAGUCUGUCUCAACAGAGCCAGGCCAGCGCCCAGGAACUUGCAUUUUUAAUAAGCACCUUUAUCUAACUCAUGUUCGGGUUGUUCAGGAGGUAAUGUGAGGAGCAGACUUUCAAUGCACUUUCCCAGCCCUCCUUUGAGAAGUGAGAAGAUGGGUAGCAUGACAACUUUCUUUCUUUCUUUCUUUCUUUCUUUCUUUCUUUCUUUCUUUCUUUCUUUCUUUGUUGUUGUUGUUUUGAGACAGGGUCUCACUAUGCAGUCUAGGCUGGCCUCCAACUCAUGGUGAUCCUCCUGCCUCAGCCUCCUGAGUUCUGGGAUUUAUAGCCACAUACCACCACACAUGGCAGCAUGGUGACUGUAGACUCAUAUUCUGUAUUGUCUACCAGCUGUCCUGGAGUAGGCCGAUUACUUACCUUCAGUUUCCAUGUGUGUAAAAUGAGCAUAAGAGAAUCUACCUUAUUAAAGUUUAGGUCAAUGGUGAACAUAAAGGCUUGAGUGUGGGCCUGACACCUAGUAAGCCCUCAAUGAAUGGAAGUGUAUUUUUUCCUACAGGACUUGCCCUGUCAUGGGUGGGGGAGCUUUAAGCCUUUGGGUGUAUAUUGGUCUCACUGAAUUACUUAAAAUGCAUUGUUGCCACUGCUUUGUCAUUUGCCACAGCAAGUAUUUUGGCAAAUGGGGUUUGAGAACUGGAGACACCCUGAUUCCAGUCCUUGUUACAUCUGCUUCUGCUGCACCUCUUCCUGCCACAUCCCUUUCUUGGCUGCAACACAGAAACCUCCCGAAGUGACCUUCACCCUGUUCCUCUGUUCCUCCCUUCUCUGAGUCAGCAGCCAUGGCUCAUAUCUCUCCUUUGGGUUGGAGAAGGCAAGGAUAAAGGGCUGUUGCCUAGCUAGGAAAGGGCAAUAAACUGCGGGUCAUAUCCCUGUCCCUCCCAGCAUAAAAAAAGGCACCAGGCCCAGGCGGCUGUGUGGGUGGAAAGCAGAGUCACUGAGAGGCUCACACUUGGACCUCUAGGAGUGGCUGAGCCUCCUAGCGAUCCUGAAGAAGCUGUGUUUCUGAAUAAUCCCCAAAGCUUCCUGAACUAUCCUGAAGGAGCCAGCAUUCCCAUGUCAUGCACCCACAGGUCACAUUUUCAAAGAGCAGGUCACCACAGUCCAGUGAAGGGAGUGGAAAGAAACAAGAACAUGUGUCUGCCAAAAUCUGGACACACACACACACACGCACGCACACACUCACACACACCUCUUUCCCGGGGGUCCCUCUGCCUGGCAUACAUGUGGGCUGCUCAGUUUCUGGCCGGGUGGUACAAGCUGUGUUCCCACCUCACACAGGUUCCCUGGUGGUGGUAAGGAGGAUGUGUUCAUCACUUCUGCUGCCCCUCUAGUCCCUAAAAACUCUUUACUUUCCCCACCAAAUACUCUGGGGGCUUCAUUUUAUUCUUCUGAGUUAUUUGCUUUGAGGUUCCUGCCUGUUUUCAGAUCUUUUCACCAAUUCAUAGAGAUUAGAGUGGAAGUAGUCUUAAAGACAAGGAUAGCAAGUGAAACCUGCUAUGUGUGAGGCCUCCUGCCUGUGUUUUAAGAAGGCACGGUCUGCGUGAUCUCACUGAAUCCCAGCCGCAGCACGGAGAGCUGGGAUCUGAAGCCAUCCACAUUCUGUAGAGGGGACACUGAGGCCAGAGAAGUUGAACAACUUGCCCAAGUUCCCACAGCUAGUGAGCAGUGGGGCCCAGGGCUGAUUCACCCGUCAGACACGGUAGGCCUAGUGCCUAGGGCCCUCGAUAAUUUUAGGGGUUACAGAAAUGAUAAACUAUUAGUUGAAGAAAAAUCUCAAUAUACAAUAUGAAUAUGUUUUCUUUAUAACAGCAUAAUUAAAAAUAUAAUUUUUAACAUUUUUUGAUGGAGAAAGGAACUUGUGAAAAGUAUUUAUGGCCCACAAAAACCAUAGUGGAUGGUGGUAAAGACAGAACUCAAAUCCUGGUCUGUCUGCUCCAAAGUUCGCAUUCAUCUAUUCUAGCCCUAUUUUACUAGUGAGGAAACCAAAGGCCGACGCCACACGAUGAAGAGGUUGCAGAACUCCGGAAUGAUUUCCAGGGGGUCAACUGCCCUGGCAUGUGGUCUGGUAGCACCACCUGGUGGCCUUUCAGGGAACCUCCGUUCGGUCAAGGGAAACCCAGAAGACUCAGGUCCCAGGUACCUGCAGGAAGUACCCAGGAGCCCACCUGCCCUUGGGCUCCAUAUUUAGCAAUGGGCACACAGGCCAGGGAGCUCCCUUCGCUGUCAUGGUGAUUCACACGUGCAUACACGUGCGCGCGCGCGCACACACACACACACACACACACACACAUCACACACCUCUCUUCCAGAGUAGCAUUUAACUCCAGAGUUAAUACUGAUAAAGUCUUUAGAUUGGCCCUGUCCAGCGCAAACGCACUGUGAGCCAAUGGGUAAUUUGAAGUCUAGCAGCCACAGUUUCUAAUAGUUUAAAAAAA